UUUCCGAAAAUACCCCUAAUAUUUAUUUCUGCUUUUUAGGCCGGCAAUUUCAGUUAAAUUAGCAAAUUUCGUGUUUUUGGAUUUUCAAACUGAAGUGUGAAAGAGAGAGAAGGAGAGAGAGAAGGUGAGGAGAGAGAAGGAUUUGCGGUGACAAAAAUAUUAUCCAAAAUUGUUAAAAACAAAUCAGUUUUUUCGGAGGAUCUGAUACUAUUUGUUGGGGAUUUUUCGGAGUUUUUCAAGAGGGAAUAAGGUAGAAAGGUAGUACAUUUGCUUUUGUGAGCUGUUGAGACAUCCAAUUUUCAUGAUGACAAUGCUUUUGCUGGUGUGACUAAAAUUAACUGACUUCGUUGAUUUUGUGGGAAUCACAGGAAACUGCAGUUUGGGUGUUGAAUGGGGGCGAUUGCCACAGAGGAGUUGAGUAAGUCUGAUAAGAUAACGGGAGCUAUGGCGGAGCGAGAGGAGAAGAUCUUGGUGUUGGUUAGAUUAAGGCCCUUGAAUGACAAGGAGAUUUCCAAGAAUGAGGUAGCUGAUUGGGAAUGUAUCAAUGAAAGCUCCAUUUUGUAUAGAAAUAGUCUUCAGGAACGAUCUGGACUUCCCACGGCCUAUUCAUUUGACAGGGUAUAUUCAGGCGAUUGCUCCUCCAAGCAGGUCUAUGAGGAGGGAACUAAGGAAAUUGCUCUUUCUGUUGUUAGUGGGAUUAAUUCAAGCAUUUUUGCUUAUGGACAAACAAGCAGUGGAAAAACAUACACCAUGAAUGCAAUAACUGAGUAUACGGUUGCAGAUAUAUAUGACUAUGUACAAAGGCAUGAGGAACGAGCGUUUGCUCUCAAGUUCUCUGCCAUGGAGAUCUACAAUGAAAAUGUUAGGGAUCUUCUUAGCACGGACAAUACUCCUCUGCGGCUUAUGGAUGACCCUGAGAAAGGAACUAUUGUGGAAAAGCUGACAGAGGAAAAGAUAAAUGAUUGGAACCAUUUAAGAAAGCUGCUAUCAAUUUGUGAAGCUCAAAGGAAAGUAGGAGAGACCUCCUUGAAUGAACAAAGCUCAAGGUCACAUCAAAUUCUUAAGCUGACAAUCGAGAGUUCUGCGCGUGAGUUCAUAGGCAAGGGAAACUCAAGUACCCUUUCAGCUAGUGUGUUUUUUAUUGAUCUGGCUGGAAGUGAGCGUGCAUCUCAGGCAAUGUCAGCUGGAACACGGCUAAAGGAAGGCUGCCACAUAAACCGGAGUCUGCUGACACUAGGGAAUGUUAUCCGCAAGCUAAGCAAGGGUAGACAAGGACACAUCAAUUAUAGGGACUCUAAACUGACCCGUAUCCUGCAACCCUGCUUGGGAGGCAAUGCUAGGACCACCAUCAUUUGCACUCUGAGCCCUGCACGUAGUCAUGUGGAGCAGUCAAGGAACACUUUGUUGUUUGCUAGUUGUGCUAAACAGGUGACAACAAAUGCACAGGUGAAUGUUGUCAUGUCAGACAAAGCCUUGGUCAAACACUUGCAGAAAGAAUUGGCCAGACUGGAAAACGAGCUAAAAAGUCCAGCCCCUACAUCAUCGUCUUGCAAUUGUUCAGUGACCAUAAGAAAGAAAGAUAUUCAACUGGAAAAGAUGGAUAAGCAGAUAAGGGAACUGACUAAGCAACGAGAUCUUGCUCAAUCUAGGGUUGAGGAUUUAUUGCAAAUUAUUGGAAAUGAUCAAUCAUCUAAUAAACAGCAACGGCAAAAACCCCAUGCAAAGUGGAAAGUACAGAACAAAUGGGAAGAUGAAGGUUCUAUUUCAGACUCUAGUGUGAAUGGUCAUCAUCGCCUGGAUGGUGUCCUAGCUGAAGAUGGAGAAAGUUAUAUUGAGGAUCCAUCUUCAAGGGGAGUUUCUGAUGACCAGUGUAAAGAAGUUCGAUGCAUUGAGAUGGAAGGAUCUGAAGCUUCUAUUGGGUUUGGAAACGGGCAUGCUGCUAAUCAUGGUAGCAUAGGUAGGAGCUCCCAUCAAAAUGGUUUCUUCUAUGGUUCAUUGGAACAAAGGAUCCAGGAAGUGCAAAGGUCAAUCGAUUCCCUUACUAGUCCUCAACCCGAAAAUCCAUCCGUAUGGGAUGAUGCUGCGGAUGCAUCAAGUUCCAGGAGCCUGAAUUUCAGCAAGACUCGGGUUUCAAAGGAAAAUUAUACAAAUAAGGAAGAACAUUCAGAAACAACCCCUCCUUGUGAAGUGGAGACGGACUUCAACGGCAGACCAGGAGGAUUUAGAAAGUUUGCUGUACUAGAUUAUGGUGCGGACUCUGGAAAAUUGUCACGCAACGGCUCUCAGUCAUCUGUUGGGACAGAAGUUGUUGAUGAUGUAAGAUCAGAGGGUGGGAGGAAUAUCACAGAUGCGGAGAUUACUAGCGUACAGACUUUUGUAGCUGGUCUCAAGGAUGCUAAGCUUCAAUAUGAGAAACAACUUGGGGACGGCCAGGUACGUCCCGAGUUGAGAAAGACCUUGAGAGAUGUGGGAUUGGAUCCUAUGCUUGAUGGAGAAGACAGUACAUUGGAUUGGAGUUUGCAAUUUGAAAGGCUUCAGAAAGCUAUAGUUGAGUUGUGGCAAAUUUGCAAUGUUUCAUUGGUUCACAGGACCUACUUCUUCCUUCUCUUUAAUGGCGAGCCUACAGAUUCCAUUUACCUGGAGGUAGAGUUAAGGAGGCUCACUUUCCUCAAGGAUACAUUACCCCAUGGUAAUCGUUCGGUAGAUAGUGGACGUGCUCGGAAAUUGGUUUCAAGCGAGAAGGCACUUAGAAAAGAGAGGGAGACGUUGAGCAAGCUGAUCAACAGAAGGUUCUCAAAUGAGGAAAGGAAGAAACUAUACACGAAGUGGGGUAUCAGGCAGGAUUCAAAGCGCAGACGUUUACAGCUUGUAUCUCAGUUAUGGACAGAGACAGGAGACAUGGAUCAUAUUGUGGAGAGUGCAACCAUCAUAGGAAAACUAGUAAAGUUCUCAGAGCAAGGACGAGCUCUGAAAGGGAUGUUUGGGGUUAGCUUCUCACCUCCAAGCUUGAAGAGGAGUUCAUAUGGCUGGAUGAACGGCAUGUCAUCCCUUGUAUGAGAGAUUAGUGUUUGACUUGUGUUAGUCUGUUAGCCUGUAGGUAUCUAUCUAUAUAUUAAUAUAGUUGAAGUUAGCCACACAUACAGACAGUUCAGUUUAACUAAAGUAUCACCCAUUCUUUCCAUAUUUGUAGGUGAAUCAUAAAAUUGUGUCUGAUUCACGUAAACACAGAUUAGGAAAGUUGUAUGUUGGUGUCUGGUUUUGUGCUGCUGGUGAUUGUAUUUAACUGUGAGUUUAGGAAUGGGUACUUUUUACCAGGUAUUUUAGUACUGUAGCUAAUUGUGAGUUGAUGAGCUCUUCUAGAGUUCUAGCUGCUUGGCGCGAUUAUCAAGUUUUAUUCAAGUCUAUACUGUAUGUAUACUUCAUCUGCAAUUUUUAUUAUGCAGUAUUCCGAGCUUUAUGUAUU